AUGAAGCUUGAGGUUUUCUCCGCGACUCGGAUCCCGGAGAAGAACCCAAACACUGAGGCUGAAAUACACUUGGACUCUGUAACGUCCCCUGAAGAGGAGCUGGGCUCGGACGGAGACUGUGCGGCUAACAGCCCGUGGCCAGCAGGUGUUUCCAGUGGCACGUCCAAGCCGUAUACGCGCAGACCCAAGCCGCCCUACUCCUAUAUCGCCCUCAUCGCCAUGGCUAUUCGAGACUCACCUACAGGUCGCCUCACGCUUGCAGAAAUAAACGACUACCUGAUGAAAAAGUUCCCCUUUUUCAGGGGCAGCUACACAGGCUGGCGGAACUCGGUGCGACACAACUUAUCCCUGAAUGACUGCUUUUUGAAAGUGUUGCGCGAUCCGUCGCGUCCCUGGGGCAAAGACAACUACUGGAUGCUGAACCCGCACAGCGAGUACACAUUCGCCGACGGUGUCUUCCGACGCAGGAGAAAGCGCAUUGGAAACAAGGACCUGAAGGACUUUGACACCAGAGAAGACACCAGAAUUCCUCAGCAGGAGAUGACCAAAACGAGAAGCACGUUUUCCAGCUCGUUUGCUAUUGACAGCAUCCUCAGUAAACCAUUCAGGCAACCGGAUGAUGUGAAGGAGCGCGUCCUACCACCCUCAGCAUCUAAUCUAAUGCCACUCAUCAUGGGCUACCCACUGUCCACUGUACCAUUACUACACGUCGGAUCUGAAGCCUUGUUUGCAUAUCAAGGGUACAAGUGGGACCCGUCGGACAUUAAAUGUGGACCUGAUUUCUCGAAUCCGCUUAGGGAUGUUGCACAUCCUCACAUUUCUCUUUACGAUCCUUGUUACCACAACUUAAGAAUUAACUCUUUGAUCACCUGA